AAUUCCAUUCGGAGUUGGCUCUAUCCCAUCCUACCGUCUAUUCUUCGCAUCAGUUUCAUCACAGCAGCGUUUUUGGCCAAUUGAAAACAACGUCACAUUACCACGGGAACCACACCGGAGAUGAUGUCCAAAAUAUUCGACGAGACUAGCUCCGGUGGCAGUGCAACGCGCAAUGCACUGCUCCUAGCAGCAGGAGUCGGUGCAGCUACCCUGGCCGGGUACGGCAUCUACAAGCUGGUUCAGAAGUACCUGGAAAACGUACCGCCGAGUCAAUGGCGCCGCGUUGGUGAGAUAACGGAUCUUCACGUGUACCCCAUCAAAUCAUGUGGCUCGGUGCGCGUGAGUGAAAUUCACUGCUCAAACCUGGGUCCCCAGGUGGGACUACUAAGGGACCGAAUCUUCAUGGUAGUCCAAACGGAUGGAACCUUCAUUACCGGGCGAAGUCAUCCGACGCUGGUGCUGGUGCAGCCCCGGUUCGACGACCAGUUCGAGACGAUGACCCUUUCCGCCCCGGGCAUGAUGGACAUCAGCGUCGACGUGAAGCGACUGCUCACGGUCGAACCGGUCAAGGCGUCCGUAUGGGGACAGACCGUGACGGCCGUGGACUGUGGCGAGGAAGUAGCCCGGUGGCUUUCCCGAUUCAUCCUGAGCGAAGACUUUGGCCUCCGGUUGGUGUUCUAUCCGUUGGACUUCCCGACGCGGGAUGUGCGCCCGAAGAACAAGAUCCAUUUGAAGCUGACACCGAGGGACUCGGGAGCGCUGCAUGAUGCCACCAGCUAUAUGCUGCUGUCCGAAGCAUCGGUGACGGAUGUGAACGCGAAACUGGAGAAACCGGUGACGGCACUGCAGUACCGGCCGAACUUUGUCGUCAAGGGACCCGGGGCGUUCGAGGAAGACGAUUGGAAGUGGAUUAAGGUUGGGGAGACGGUGUACAAGAAUGUCAAACCCUGCACCAGAUGCAUCUUCACCAACGUUGAUCCGGAAACGGGCGUUCCCAGUCCGGAGGGCGAACCCCUUAAGACUCUGAAAACAUACCGCAAGAAGCCAAACCUCGGCGAUUCCCCCAUUGUCGGCAUGCAGAUGGGCGUCCGCUUGGAAGGAACGGUUCGCCUCGGAGAAACGGUCUACGUUGGAUGCUAACACCAUCGAGAUGACCCCCAGACCCCCUAGACUUACAGUUGCCAUUCCUGAUCGCAGAAGGUUCUCUUUUUUUCUAUUCGUAGGUUGUAAUAUACGAUAUAAUCUGUUUGGAGUCGGAAUCCAUUCGCUCGCCACGGCUUUCUCCUGACAGUAUUUUACUUUUUCCAUACAAAUAAACGCAGAUGUUAUUGUAAACACUAAGCAAAUGCAAACUCAACA